AUGGCUAACCCAAGCACUGUACCGCCGCGUCACAUCGGUUUCGAUGCAGUAGGUGAUUUUAUACGUAAUCGCAACGGAGCCGCGAGUGAGAUCUGUAUGUGUCCUUGUGUGUAUUUCCGUCUAGCUUUUGGAAUGAAGAAAAAACGUACAACUGAAAAAUCAGCCGACGACCAACAUAGCUGUCUUGAAGCAUCAUCGAUUCCAAGUAGUGCGCCUCCACCAGCUAAGGAGACGCAAAAAUCAGACACCUCGUCUGAAAGGCAGGCCAGUAGUGGACAGGUGGUUGAGCAGACGACACGUUGUGAGGAGACUGGUGAGGCGUCCUUCUGCGACAACCGGAUGGGUUCAAAGGGCACAGACAAGGUGGAUUCAGGGGUUACUGAAAACUCCGCUACUCCUCUUCUCUCUGUCACUUCGCUGCAGCACGAAAAGUCUGUGCUUAACGAGACGGGGGAAACCGUCUUCUCGGAGGAUGAUGGCGAGGAGGAAGUAAAUCAGCCAGACACCGAGUCUUCAGAUGAUGAUGAUCUUGCGAUGCGUUUGCGACGACGUGAUGGUGGUGAUUCGGAAGAUGAAGACGAAAGUGAAGUCGAAGGCGAGAACGGGGAUGGAAACGAAGGCGAAGACGAGGAAGAAGAUUACUACACAGACGAUAGGGCUUCUCAAACCUCCAGUGAGAGAGAGGUGCUGGAUUCCACGAGAGGUCUAGAUGACACCAUGAGUACCCAUGAGGAAAAGGAAAAGAAGAAGAACUCUGACAGCCCAGUGAAUCGACGAGAUCCCACUUACGUGCCGCGCGAGGGGGCCUUCUACCUCCAUGAUGCUCGCGAUGAAUCCGGUGAUGAUGUUGGCGAAGUGAAAGUGACUCCAGCAUCGGAGACAGCCUCAACCCGUCGUUCGGGCAUACUGGCGAAGCGGUGGGGUCACGAUCUUUACAUAGAGCAGCAGCAGUGUCCGCGCACCACUGAGGAGAUAAUCCGUCGCUAUGGCUAUGACAUUCGUAAGUACGGUCUUGACCCCACUCAGGAGGUCACAUCGCGCCACGUUGUUGGCGGCUCCUGGAAACGGAGUCAGGCACGGGGAAGGGGAGUGGGGUUCGCUAAUUCGCACAAUGAUGUUGCCGCCUUCACCACAAAAGACUUUCCCGCAUUGGAAGAGCGUGACAAUUAUCGGAAUCGAAAUCGGAGAGGGGGUAGUCGUUUCCAUGACCCAAAACGCGAAGAAAAUCUGCACCAACGCUCGAAGACGGACGGUCACGCCUCUACUCUACAUGUAGACGCUGGAAGCUUAGAAGAUGCACCGAAGAAGGGCCAUCCAAUCAUUCAACGAGGUCGUAGGGCUCGUGGCUUUACCCCUCACGAAGGACAGAAGGAAGUGGUAGUGGUGGAAGAGUUCAGGAAGCGUCGAGGCAGUAGGGGUCGUGGAGUUAGUCGUAGAUUUUUUAACGCUGAAGGUGACGCUAGGCGUGGUUUCCAUAAUUUCAACACUACUCGGAAUUGGGGUCGAGUAGCAUCGACGGUGGUAGUGCCAAAGUCGCAACCUUCGCCCCAACAGUCACAGUCCCAGUUACCCCUGCAGGCACCCAGAUCAGGAAAACGAUACUCAGUGAAUCGAAAGACGCAUCGACCGGAGCCGUCAGAGGAGGGUCAAAGGGUGGAGUUUGUGGCGCCGACCUUGCCGGAUGCAGAGAUGCGGCAGUUGUAUCGGUCUGUCGAUCCCUCCAUUGUAGCCGCAUUAGUGCAGCGACAUCAAAUGGAAAAUCCGGAGGCUUUUGAGGCUGCUAAAGCGGCGUCUUUAUCCAUGGUGGAGGAACGGACGUUGCGGGUUGUGAAUAGAGAGCCCAAGUCCCCGCAGAAGUGUGAGCACAAUGACCCUAUUCGACCAGACGGUGAUACGGCAACUACAAACGGAGAAUCGUAG